AUGAUAGUCUCAACAACCAGCCGACGAGCAGUCCUCGUUGUUGUUAUCCUUCUGAUUUUGUUCCUUCUCCUCCGACCUUCCUAUCCUUCCUCGUCAGAUCCUUUCUCAGUGUUACCGGCGUCCGAGGACAUUGGACAGCCUUCAAGAUCCUAUCCACCCCCCAAGCCUCCGAAGACAUCUCAACAAGAUCAGCAGACAAUGCGAGACAUGGCUUCCAAACCUCUCCGCGAACGUCUACAAUACUAUUUCCCUUACGACGUUGAAGCCAAGUUUCCAGCCUACGUAUGGCAGACGUGGAAAUCUGGGCCAAGUUCGGGCAAAUUUGAAGAAAGAUUACGACCGUUCGAGGCAUCUUGGACAACACUACAUCCUGGGUUUGUUCACGAGGUCGUAACAGACAAUACUGCUGUGCACCUGAUCAGCUAUUUAUUUGCAUCAGUACCAGAGGUUGUUGAGGCUUACGAAGCAAUGCCGCUUCCUGUUGUCCGGGCCGACUUCUUUCGGUACUUGAUUCUCCUCGCACGCGGGGGUAUUUACAGCGAUAUCGAUACUCAAGCACUGCAAUCUGCAACGGACUGGUUGCCGCAGAACCUCGACAAGUCCACUGUUGGCUUGGUGGUAGGAAUUGAGGCCGAUCCGGAUAGACCCGACUGGAAUCAAUGGUACGCUAGGAGAAUACAAUUCUGUCAAUGGACAAUCCAGUCCAAGCCGGGGCACCCGGUUUUGAGAGACAUUGUGGCCACGAUCACGGCAGAUACCCUAGAAAUGAAGAAGGCCGGGCAGUUGCGGAAGGGCAAAGAACCGGCGAAGAGCAUUAUGGAGUAUACAGGACCGGGUGUAUGGACAGAUGCAAUAUUUUCGUACUUCAACAACAAGAAGUACUUUGACUUCAGUGCACGUCAGUCCAAUGUGACCUACUCAGAUUUUUUUGGCAUCAAGGAACACAAGAAGAUUGGCGAUGUCAUUGUACUGCCAAUUACAAGUUUCAGCCCGGGGGUUGGGCAAAUGGGCGCUGAAGGUCCGGAGCAUCCAAUGGCUUUUGUGAAACAUGAAUUUGACGGUAUGUACUUCUCUAUUCGUACCACCGACGUUCAGAGUCUGACGAAAUUGCAGGAUCCUGGAAGCCGGCGAACGAGCGAAUGA